GCCAUAUAUUUCACUCAUAUCAUUACAAUGACUUGAAAAUAAAAAAUUGCAGUCGUUUUUAUAAGUUGAGUCCUAAUGCAAGUACUACUUAAUCAUCACAGUUUUGUCAUAAAAGGAAAACAAUAUUUUAAUUCAAAAUAUGAACUCUUGAUUUAGCCAUAUCUAAAUUACUUUUAAGGGUCUAAAAGGUCAACAUCUUCGUUCUUAACAUACUCAUUUCUAGGCCAAAUUGAAAAACAAAGCAUGGUGAAAAAAGAUUGAUAGAGUUACAACUUUGACCCGAUUGUGGGUUAGGUACACACAUCUGUGAGUCAUUGUAUCGAACUAAUCAUAUAAAUAAAGACCGAUAUGACAAAUUUCUGCAGCAAUAAGCAAAUACCGUCAUUGAAAACCGUAGCUUAUCGCUGAACUGAUUAAGCGCUGUAACCCAACAAAGAGAAUGCAAGCACGAUCUUAGUCCCCGAUUGACGGACGACUGUGUCAUCAUAAGAUUGUUUGCCCGCACUAUCUCAAUACUUCAAAAUCUGAACUUUGUAUCGACAGAAGUCGAUAAAUUCUCACUAAGCUGGAGGUGUACCCUUAGUCUAUUUGGUAUACUGGCAGUAGAGUGAUCAAAGUGUAGUAGUUUUAUAUUUGGGUACUCUCUUAGAAUAUCAAGGUAAGCUUUGGAUUUUAUUAUCAAUCACAAUUUUAUGAACUAAUCAUAAAGGGUUCAUCGCGAAAGAGAUUAUGGGUUGAUCUGUAUGACGCAUCUAAAUUGAACCUAACGAUAAAUAACUUGUAGGUCUACUCUUAGUCUAUUUGAUAUACUAGGAGUAGAGUGAUCUGAAUGAGUAGUUCUAGAUUCGAAAUAUUCCGUUAGGAAAUCAAGAUGUCCGGUGAAUUCACAUUGGAUACGUCACCGCCAAGCGCAGCCACAUUGGCCGUUGCCGAGCAGGAGCUGCGAGAAACUCCCGAAGUAGUGUCGCAGGCACUGCAGGAACUGCGGGAGUUGCUUAAGAAUGAUGACACCAUCUACUUCAAGGAUGAUGAUCAGACACUCAUCAUGUACCUGAGACCGUGCAAGUUUUAUGCCAAGAGCGCUUACGAAUUGAUGAAACGUAUUUCGGAAUUCAAAGAGAAACAUAAGGACAUCUUAGAAAAUCUUCUGCCCGAGGAUGAAAAAGUUGCCUUUACAGAGCAUAAUGUAGUGAAUGUAUUGAAAAAUAGAGACCAUAAAGGCAGGAGGGUGCUUCUCGUCAAUGUGGGAGGUACGUGGGACCCUUCGAAAGUAUCCCCAACGCAGCUCUUCAGAAUUUUCUACAUCAUCCACGAGGUAGCCGUCCUGGAACCAGAGACACAAAUCAACGGAUGUGUCGUAAUCAUGGACUUCGAUGGACUGGGCAUGAAACAAGUGAAAGCCUUCAGCCCUUCAUUUAGUCUUCUGUUGCUCAGUUUUAUCCAGGAUGCCAUGCCUUUGAGGUUAAAAGAGGUUCACAUGGUUAAGCAGCCCUUUGUAUUCAAUAUCGUUUGGAGUGUUUUCAAGCCCUUCAUUAGGGAUAAGCUAAAGAAGAGAAUCCACUUCCACGGUAGCAAAAUGGAUUCCCUGCACAAAUUCAUGGAACCAUCCCAUCUACCGAAGGAUUACGAUGGUGCACUGCCCAAGUUGGACUAUGGCGGAAAGGACUGGUACCCAGAAGUAGACAAAUAUUUGGACCAUAUCAAAACCAUGAAUAGCUUUGGAAAGAAGAAGAAAUAGAAGAAAUAUUUUGUCAUGUUUUGUAACUUACUAAAAUACUUCAGUACUAUAAUAAGACGUAUUCCCGAUCUCGUCCAGCAAAUAUGUUUUGAAUGUUUCACUCCAAUGUUUACUCAAUAUUUGUAUCAUUGACCAGGCUCUUAGACAAAUCAUGCCCAUAAUCGCCACAGCUAUUCUUUUUUCUAUUUCAAUUUGUUGAUUAGCUAGGUUCAUGAUGUGAUGUAUUCAUUGUUUUGCAGUUAGUUUAGUACAUACUCGUAAUUUGUUUUUACUUGUUCACCUAAAUUUUGUAACGUUCAUACCUAACAGUCUGUUCAAUUUUUCGCAUAUGAUACGUACCUUUAUGUACCUACAUUUUGUAAAUAUAUUGUAGCAAAAAUAUACUAUUGUUCUCCCA